UAGUACUGUACGUACUAAACCGGGGAUUGAUCAGGAGAGUGCAGUGCAAACUCGCAGUGAACCUGUGUGAUCGAUCGGCCAUGGAGUCGCUGCUCGCAGCCGGUGCGGGAGGGAUCGGCGUGGCUGCGGCGGCCGCCGUCGUGGCGGCGACCCUCGCCGUGGUGCCGCCCAAGGACCGCGGCAACAACCCGCCUCCAGCUGUUCCUGGUUUACCCGUUAUUGGAAAUAUGCAUCAAUUGAAAGAAAAGAAGCCUCAUCAUACCUUUACAAAAUGGUCUAAAACUUAUGGGCCAAUCUACACUAUAAAGACCGGAGCUUCUUCAGUAGUUGUGCUCAAUUCAACGGAAGUAGCCAAGGAGGCGAUGAUUGAAAAAUUCUCAUCAAUAUCAACUAAAAAGCUACCAAAAGCAUUGUCUGUGAUAAGCCGUAAAAACAUGGUUUCCAUCAGCGACUAUGGUGACUUCUAUAAGAUGGCGAAGCGUAAUAUUAUGCUCGCAAUUUUAGGUUUUAAUGCGCAGAAACACUUCUGCGAUACAAGAGAAAGGAUGGUCAGUAACGUGUUAAGCAGUUUGCAUAAAUUGGUUGCUGUUGACCCACAUUCCCCUCUGAACUUCAGAGAAGUUUACACUACUGAGCUAUUCGGAUUGUCCUUGAUCCAGAAUUUAGGUGAGGAUGUGUGUUCAGUUUAUGUGGAAGAGUUUGGGAGGGAGAUAUCCAAGGAAGAGAUCUUCCAUGUCCUUGUGCAUGAGAUAUUGUCGUGUGUCGUGGAGCCUGAUUGGAGGGACUACUUCCCCUACCUCAGCUGGCUUCCAAACAAGAGCUUCGAAACAAUAGUGUCUAGUACAGAAUUUAGACGAGAUGCUGUGAUGAACGCGUUGAUCAAGAGGCAGAAGGAAAGGAUUGCGCGCGGAGAGGCAAGGAUAUCCUAUAUUGACUUCUUGCUGGAAGCUAAGAACAGUACACAGCUGACAGAUCACCAACUGAUGCUGCUGCUGGCGGAGUCCAUCGCUGCUGCUGUGGAUACUGUCCUGGUAACCACUGAAUGGGCCAUGUAUGAGCUUGCCAAGAACCCUGACAAACAGGAAUGGCUUUACCGGGAGAUUCGAGAGGUGUGCGGCGGCAAGGCGGUGACCGAGGAGGACCUACCAAGGCUGCCGUACCUCGACGCCGUGCUCCACGAGACGCUGCGGCUGCACUCCCCGGUGCCGGUGCUCCCCACGAGGUUCGUCCACGACGACACCACGCUCGCCGGCUACGACGUCCCCGCGGGCACCCAGGUGAUGAUCAACGUGUUCGGGUGCCACAUGGACGAGGAGGCCUGGGAGUCGCCCGGAGAGUGGUCGCCGGAGAGAUUCCUCGGCGAGGGGUUCAAGUUGGCCGACAGGUACAAGACGCUGGCGUUCGGCGCCGGGAGGAGGACCUGCGCGGGGAGCCAGCAGGCGGUGAGCAUCGCGUGCGUCGCCAUCGCGCGCUUCGUGCAGGAGCUCCAGUGGACGCUGAGGGAGGGCGACGGUGAUAAGGAGGAUACCAUGCAGUACACUGCCUUGAAGCUUCACCCGCUGCACGUGCACCUCAAGCCCAGAGGAAGCUAGGAUCGAUCGAUGUGAGCCAGAAGAAGCUAGCGGUUCCAUGAUGAAGGCUAAAUAAUGAUCAUACCAUCUCUGUUUUCUUAAUUAAUAUAUUAGAAAAAAUGUCCUUGCAUUGUAACGGGUGCUAUGGCAACUACUAUUAGAAGAUGUGCAAUAAAUUGAAACAUUGAAACCGUUAUACGUUAUAAUUGAAAAAGUUGAUUAAAAUC